AACAACAAAAACAUUUAGUAGCAAAAUUUUCAGGUUUAUUAAAUUUCAAUAAAAUGGGUGUUACGGACUUCAUUGAGAGCGUUAAGAGAUGGACGGUGGGUCAGCUCGAUCGCACGGACAAAGAGGAAGAGCACGAGAAGCAAAAGAAAUUUCCCAAUUUGGGCGAGGAUAUUCAAUUGGUGGUUCGCACGCCAGAAUUUGAGAAUGUCAUGAAUUCGGCAUCACCAUUUUUGUUGGCCAGUUUGGGUGCCUGGCCAGGAUAUUGGCUAUAUCGUGGCUUUGAUUAUCAUUCUCACAGGGCACAUGUACCAUUGCCCGUUUAUAUAAGACAGACCUUUUACCAGGCCAAAAUGCUGCAAUUUGUCAUUAUCAUGGCCGGUAUUAUCUACAUGGCCAAACAUCAAACCGGUGAAAACAUAUUUCCCGUAGACAACAAGAAUGAUUGAUCAAUCAACUGGCCCCCAACUUGAAGUUCGUAUUUACAUCUACCAUAACCUAAGUCAACCAGAAUAAAACACCAAAAUUUUCCAAUAAAUUGUUUAAUAAAUUUUCAACAA